AUUGUUCGCGAACUGACCACAAAGAGAAAACUUCUCUUAACUGUCAAAUCUGUCUAAAAAUUAGACUUUCGAUUUGAAACAAUCUCUUAUGGCCUCCACAGACGAAGAAACGCCGGCGAAUUUGCAGGAUAAACGUAACGACGUCUUUGAAGUUGAGAGCGAAAAUUUGCGUGAUGAAAACCAGAAUGUUGUCACUUCAGGACUAACAAAUUUUCGAUACUUGGUUGAUGCUUACAACACUACUAAGAGGAAUGGUUUCACAGCUGAUUAUCAGCUUGCUGAAGACGUCUGUGGUGAUUAUUCUGAUGCGGAAUAUGAUUCUAAUUGUGAAACGCAAGCCGCUAAAAAGGGCGUUGUGGUCAAGGAAGCCGUUUCCUCUGAGGGUGAAUCGAGCACCAGUCCUGUGUCUGCCAACCAAACGAGUCGUUCAUAUUUGUAUGAAAAGAACCCGUUAUUAGACCAGAGAUUUAUCCGCCUUAUUGAGCAACUUGUGCCUCUAAGAAGAGGGAUUCAGGCAGAAAGGAAAGCCACGACAAGAAAGGAAAACUUUUCUGAUAAAUGCGGCGAGAUUUGUUUUAAAGAUAUCUGCCUUAAAGAUACUUGUCGCCUGGUGUUUAAAAUAAUGAACAGGGGAAGGAGUCCACCGAUGGAGUGAAAAAUAUAAUAUCGGAUUUUCAUCGCAUAUUUUAACAAGGAGAAGGUUUACAGUGUGUGUUUUAAGUUAUGGAAUGAUCAUUUGUUAUAAACACUUUAAUUGAAUUUUUUGUACGUUGAAAAUUGAAACAUGUAACUGAUAACAACGUUGAUUUUAUCAAGUUGGAC